AUCCCUACUGAUUUCCUCUAUGUUUCCUUAUCAAUUAGUCUCGUACACUUCAACUUCUUCUCACUUUUUCUGACAUCCACAUCUUUACAGCGAUCCAAUUUUACGUCUGUCGUAGCGUAGCUCAACUACCUACCAUAACUGUCGUUCUCAAGAAGCACCCGCGCGCAACUAACUCUUUCCACAAUGUCCGAAGUGGAUGUCAUUAUUAUACCCACUUUUCCCCCUUCCCCUCCUACGACAUCGUCGUCAAGAAUGAUAUCCACUUCGCCUGAGUGGUUCUCAGCACCCGUAAAGCCCCCUUAUAAGCCUUCUCCCCUUUCAAUUAGCAUACCGAUCAGUCCCUUAACCGUCAUGGACUCCGAGUCCGACUCCAACAUCAAUCAUCAGGAAGACGGGUCUCUUUCCCCCGAAGCCUCCACCCCGCCUCUUUCACCCUCGGAUGCAAUUUCAUCGGUUGACAUGACACGCAAAGUCUCGUCUUAUUCUACAUGCUCCAGUGGCUCUGACGGUGAUACCGAGGAAGUCAUUGUCACCCCUUCCUCUCAAAGCCCGUCUUCUCAAGGUCGAAAUUCCCCAAGCAGUUAUUUUGAUUUUGACUCCCGCAGAGGCAAGGAAGAUUCUCGUUCAAGGCCCCCCCGUGUUCCAGUCAGGGGACUAAUUGAGCCCAUGUGGAAACUAGAGGAAAAGGAGAAGUCUGAGGUCAAAGUCAAAUCUACAGGGACAAACAAACUUCUUGAGCCUUUCCAGAUGGCAUUUCCUACUAAAAAACAUACCGAUAUACAAUAUGUUUUUGACGAGGAUUCAUUCGUUCUUACCCAUGUGCCCGCAAAGAUAGUGUCACUUUCUGUCUUCAAGCCUCGUCUUCCUCGGGUGCCUAGGUGGCAGCGUCCCAUUGUCAUUGCAGUCAUGUCUAUUCUUCUUUUCGGCUCUCUUUGCAUAGUUUCCUGGUUCCAGCAGUCGCUCAUCAACGCUGAGCGUUCGAUAGCAGUCAGGAAAGGGGAGUGGAUGGUAAAAUAUGGUGCAAUCGCCAAAGCUGAGUCAGAUCAAAUGGUUGAUACUGAGCCCGGCUAUAAACCAGCGAAGCCCCAACAUCACUCUCUCAAAGGUCAGUCGAAGCUUUCAAAACGUGUUGACGAGGAGCAGAAACCCUUCAAGAAAGUCAGUUUUCACAUGACUAAAGAUGAGGAGUUGGCCGCCUUGAUGAGCUUCAUUGUCGGUACCAGCGCCAACGCGCUUCCCCCUAUCGAUCCCGAGAACGAACUUUCUCUUGAAGGAUUCUUACCUUUCAAUCCUCACUCACCCCAUGCCAAGACUGAACUUGAGGAGCUGGUUCGCACCCAAUGGGAAGUUAAUCCCAUCAUGGUUCUGGGUAACAUGCGUGACCCCAUGAUGCGCGAAGCGCGAGCUCUGUUUAAGAAAUACAACGUCAAACCUGCCCCCUUUUAUGUUGACAUCGAUCAACGAUCAGAUUCCGCCCAUCUUUCAGCAACUCUCGAGCACAUUCUUGGCAAGCAAACUGGUCCUUAUGUUCUGCUUGCAGGCAAAAAUAUCGGCAACACGUCCAAGCUUAUUGAGCUUGAGACGAACGGAGCCCUCAUUGAUACUGUCAAGGAAGCAGGAGCUACCAUAGCUAAGAAGUUGAAGAAGAACAAGCAUCAAAGAGAGGAAGAGCGAAAGGAGAACGAGCGAGUUCUGGGUCCUCAACGGAUUGCAGGCGCCUGAGCAUUUUGAUACGGAUUUUGAAUCUAAGUAGCCUUUGAUUAUGUACUUGUACACGGAUUCUUUUUUUCCUUUCGGUACUUUCAUCAUUAGUAGCAAUACAAGCUUCUUUUUCGUUUAUAAUUGGUGCACAGAUAAUAAUGAACAUGCACUCACCUCUUUGA